AUGGGCAUUUUCGGCCAAUUGCAGUCGACCCUCAUGAGCUUCAUGUCCGACGAUCCUGAGAACAUGACAGAGGGCAAAUAUGUCUACUGGACCAAACAGGACGAUGACGUCCCGCGAGGACAUGUUGGAGAGAUUGUGGAUAUCCAAAGCGAUGGGGACAGAAGGGUCAAGUUUCCAAACGGAAAAUGGAAUUUCGCCCCUGAGAAGCUGAAUAUGUGCGACUUUCAGAAGGGUACUUUCGUCCACGCCACGGGCGACGACUAUGACUUCGACACCGUUGGCGAGGUGAAAGACCUGGAGGAUGGGAAGUUCAUCGUGGAGAUCAAGGGCGAGAAGGAAAAGGAGAAGCCGAAGCAUCUGGUGAGAUGUGAUUUUCAGCCGGGAAUGUAUGUCUUCUGGAUCAAGUCCGACGACGACAUUCCUGCGGGGCACAUGGGGGAGGUCCUCGCCGACAUCAACGACGAGGGUCGGGUGAAGGUGAAGUUUCCCAAUGGUCGCUGGCGCUUCCGCCCCUCCGAAUUAGUGCGCGGGCACGUGCAGCCAGGCGCCUUCGUGCAGUGGAAGUCUUCCAACGAUGACAUCGCAACGGGAGAGCUGGGGAAGGUGACUGGCAGCUUAGAUGACGACGGCAAGGUCGAGGUCCAGUUUGCCAAAGAUGCGGGGCGCUUUCGACCUGAAGAGCUGAUUUUCUAUGAAAUACAGACGAACUCCUUCGUCAACUGGAGGAAGAGCGACGAUGACGUGGAGACAGGCGACGUGGGGCGCGUCGAGCGGCUCAAGGACAACGGCAAGCUCCUGGUUGCAUUCCCCAAAGGAUCUUGGUCCUUCCAUCCCGGCGAGUUGCGCCUCUUCAAGCUCCAGCCCGGGAUGCUCGUGACCUGGGAAAGCUAUGACGAUGACAUUGGAAAGCACGACAUCGGCCGCUUGCCGUAG